AGGCAGUACUCAUGCGAAAGAUACACCUUGACAAUAUCUAUUUUCUUGGCGAAAAUCAGACUCUGUAUAUCACGAUAUCUAAGAUCAUAUUUUCUUACAUGGUUUUAUCGGUUAUGCAGAUCUGCUUUUAUCAGCUUCGUUGCUUGAGUCCUUGCAUGAUUAUUCAUAAAUCGCGGUAUGCGGACGAAUGCGACUUUCCAUCGUCUUUAGGCGGAAUGGCUGAUGACUGGGCUAUACAAGUUGAACAAGAGGGUGUGACUGACGUCCCCACCAUGGAAAUGCCUGAGGUAAAACUAUUUGGAAAGUGGUCGCUCCAAGACGUGAAUGUGUCCGACAUCACCUUAGUCGACUACAUCGCCGUUAAGGACAAAUGCGCCAAGUACCUCCCACAUUCAGCUGGACGCUAUCAAGUGAUGCGAUUCCGCAAGGCUGGGUGCCCUAUCGUUGAGCGUUUAUGUAAUUCCAUGAUGAUGCAUGGUCGUAAUAAUGGAAAAAAGCUUAUGACAGUGCGGAUCGUAAAGCAUGCUUUCGAGAUAAUCCAUCUGCUCACUGGAGAGAACCCUGUUCAAGUACUUGUGAAUGCUGUGAUCAACAGCGGCCCACGCGAAGACUCCACCCGAAUUGGACGCGCUGGUACAGUUCGGCGACAAGCUGUUGACGUCGCCCCUCUGCGACGAGUAAACCAGGCUAUCUGGCUUUUGUGCACUGGAGCACGUGAAGCUGCUUUCCGAAACAUUAAGACGAUCGCCGAAUGUCUCGCCGAUGAGCUCAUUAAUGCUGCUAAAGGUUCGUCUAACAGUUACGCUAUCAAGAAGAAGGACGAGUUAGAACGUGUGGCAAAGUCCAACCGUUAAGUUUGUUGUUGACUUUUAUCGUUUGGCUGUUAAAGAUAAAAGUUUGUUUCCGUUUG